UUGAUGAGUGAGUUCACAUACCUUUGUUUUAUGUACAAAAACCGCUAUAAAGAGAAAUCUGCAGUAUCUUAAAAUCGACGGUAAAAAAGUUUGUCUAAACUAUAGAUUCUAUGCAGCUGAGUUGGUUUGGUAACGUGUAGCAAUUUGUGUAGAAAAAUAUCUGAAGAGAAGAGAGGAAUGUUUUUGUUGUUGUCCUUCUUAUUUUCUUGUUCUCAAAUACUCUAUAUUUUCUUUAAACAUGAUCCUAAUCAAUGUGGGUGUUGGUUGUAAAGGUUAGUAAUGCAAUGUGGUCGUCUGCUUAUAAUUACUGUAAGUAAGGUAUUGAAAUUAAAUGAAAUUAAAUUUGUGAAACCAAAAGAAGAAACAAUAGAGCCUUUCAUCUUUUUGUAACAGAGCGAGACUCAGUUACUAAAAUAAGCAAAAAUGACUUUAUCCUUUUGCGUGUAUACAGAGUCUUAAUAAUUGUUUUCCACUUUCCUACAGAAAAAAAAGAAAGGUCAUUUAGGGCUCUCUUGAAGGUUUUCACCCCAUAGAAACAGAGCACUAGAGAGAGGUUGUGAGACUGAAACAGUCAAGGAGGAGAAGAAGAGAAGAGAACUGUCUUCGUGAGAUGGCUAGAAACAUAGCAUUUGGUAGGAUUCAAGAAGACAUGAACAAGACAAGCUUCUUCAAGAUUCUUGCAGAUGAAGAUCUUUCCUCUGAAUCUAUGAGGUUGAUUCCAAACGAGUUCUGGAGAAGAAGUAAAUGCAAGAAUCUCCCACCUAAGGUGACCUUGAAGGUGGCUUGGGAAAGUUCUUGGACAGUGAAUCUCUCACCAUUCAUGGGAUGUUACCUUAUGGAGAGAAAGGGAUGGGAGAAGUUUCUAAACGACAAUCACUUGGGAGACAACGAGUUUCUCACCUUCACAGACGAAGGAAACAAUUGCAUAACCGUUGACAUCUUCCAGAAGAAUUGCAUAGAGAUCCUCAAGCCACUAAACACUUCUUCCUCCACUGAAUCCAAGAAGAAAGUGGAUAGUAAUGUCUAUGGAGCUUCAUCUUCUUCUUCCUCUGCUGCAACAUUCAGUCUCACCAUCAAGAAAUCACAUCUCACAGUGUUGUCCAUACCGGUAACUUUUGCAAAGGAGCACAUGCCAAAGGUGAGGACUAAGUUUGUCAUACAUGAUCCGAAGGGUAAGCCAUGGGAGGUGGUCUACGUUCCCAGUAAUGGAUCAAAGUUGUUUUCCAGCGGAUGGAGGUUUCUAGCAAAUGGCUACGGUUUAGCUGUUGGAGAUUUGUGCACUUUCAGACUCGUUAGACCCAGAGAGAUGGUUCUUGAAGUCUUACAUUCCUCUUCAUGAAGUAGUUAGAACAAUGGAAGCUUUUAUUUCAUGCAAGUUAGUGUCACAUAGGAUGACUUCUGGAUCUUUAUGAUUAAAUGAAACUGAUGC